GGGAUGGCGGGAGGAUAAGACAGCCGAGCUGAGUCCGGAGCCAAGUUGGUGAAAAAGAGCUCGGACUCAGCAUGAAACAACGAAAAGGCCAAGGGGCUGGGGGCGGCCGUGGCCGCAAGAAGAGAGGUUUGAGUGACAUUUCUCCAUCUACAAGCUUACCACCUCUGGUUGAAGGCCAGCUACGCUGCUUUCUGAAACUUACUAUUCCUAAAGUCAUAUGGAAGAUUGCAAAGCCUCCUGCCUGUGUACUCGUCCGAGUGAGAUGGUGGGGAGAGACAUCAGAUGGAACCCUUUUUUGUCCCAGGGAUGCUUUGCAGACUGAGCCAAAAGCUGUGAGGACCACCACACGAUACGCGAUUCGGUGUGGUCCGAAGCAAUUUACCUCUUAUCUAACAGAUAUGGCUGUGCUGGUCCUGGACGUCAUCACCAAAGUCGACCGUCUUCCAGUCGGCAGAGUUCAGAUCAGUGGACUAGCCCAGCUUUCUCCAACCCAUCAGAUCAAUGGCUGCUUUACCAUUGUUUCACCAACAUCUAAGAAACUUGGAGAACUCCAGGUCUCACUAGCCCUGGAGCCUUUGUCAGAAACAUAUGACAGCUACAAUCCUCUUCCUACCACGGACAUGACUGAAAACAUGCUUUUAUCUGAGCCAGCAUUCAGAGGGAAUAUUGAAUCCAGCAAUACCCAGUUUGCCGUUCCUGCUGAGCCUCAUAGAAUUCCGACCACCAAAAUUGAAGAGAAAGAGUUAGCCGCCAACAGUAGUAGGUCAACAACUCCAAGGGGAAAGGACCUUUUGUACUUUGCAGAGAACUCUGAUGCAAUAAAAGAUUCUCCCUUUGGACUACAGCGCCUUCUUAAUUCAGGACAGAGUGUAGAGUCUGUAACUCUGAAAGGCGAAGCUCCGCGGAAACAGAUGUCUCUUCUCAACAGUUCUGAAUUCCAGCCUCACACUGGGACAGUGGCCAAGAGUCGCAGUGACUCAUGCAUUCUUUCUUCAAACAAUCCUCCUACCAAAGACCUUCUUUCAGUUUUGUUAGAACAAGGCAGUAAACUGCGCAACGCCAUGGUGGUUUCUGCAAUGAAGUCAAGCCCAGAUACUAGCAUGUUGUUGGACGAGUGUCAUCCUCCUAGGAAGGAAGAGCCUCUGAGAGCAGCAACGCAAGCUUUGUCUAGAAGUCCACUGAAAGGCCACCUUGAUGACCACCUUCUCCAUGCUACAGAGACAACAAAAGCUGAAACCAGAGCCAUCCAGCUGCUGUUGGGCAGCUGCAGUGCUGAAUUUUCCCAGGGCCACUACUGGAAUGGGCUGGGCUCUCCUCCAGAUUCCCCAUCUCCUGGGAGUGACGCGUAUUGCAGCAGUGAGCCGAAUGACCCUCAGUAUGACCAGAGCCUCUUAGAGAACUUAUUUUACAUAGCACCUAAAUCUGAUACCAGCGUUAGUGAUCCCCCCAGUGAAGGUGAGGAUAGUAUCCCUUCCAAAAAAAUGAACCAGUUAAAGGCUCCCUCCAUGUCACCAAAGGCUCUGGCCUCAGACAGUCAUAAGCGGAAGAAGAAGGCAGCAGACAAGAAAACCAGCAGUUUGCUUCAACAGCAGAGCCCCGCAGGCCCCCCAGAGGAUGCCCAGACGAUGACCUUAAGUGUGGAUAGACUGGCCCUUCUGGGCAGAACACAUUCCAUCCGAAUCAUCAUAGAAACCCUGGGAGUGCCUCAAGAGAGUCCUCAGAUGACGCUCGGCAAGAAAAACUCUGCUGGGAGACCCCCUAGCCUAACGAAAAGGCGCACUUUCUUUGUGGAAUUUCACGUUCCAGUGGGCUUUUCCAAAAGUGGAUUGAAAAAGACAGCUUUGAUCACCGAGAUGGUUCGACUUGCCUCCAGUAAACUUGCAGAUGGAACGGUAAAGUUCCAGCAGCGAUGUGUGUUUCCGGUACAGUUUGGUGGGCCAAUGAUAGAGCACUGGUGGGAUUCCAACCUCACUUUCCACAUUCACUUAAAGACAAGUCCACAGAAAAAGCCAGAAGUGAUUGGAUCUGCGUCACUUCCUUUGCGAGCGGUCAUCCAGUCAGAGCUGCUUUCUUUCCAUGACCAGCUUCCGGUGCAACAGGAAAAUGGGCAGGCUCCAUUUGGCCCCCUCAAGGUAACCGUGGAACUUGUUAUAGAUCACAAAGAUUUCACUGGUGUCAACACUAAGCUAAGUAGCAGCACCCAGCAUACCCCAUUUUGUGCUCUUACAAGUCCAGAGAAGAAACUACCAGAAACUAGCCAACAUGUUACUGGGGCCCAAAAUGCACCGCCUCUCAGUCAAAUUCGUGAGGAAACUGCAAAGAAAGAACAGGACUUUUUGCUCCCCCACCCAGAGUCACCAAAUCGUACAACCUCCAUGGCUUUGCCAGCCUCCCACAAUUUAGUACAUCAGACCCGCGAUUCAGCUAAAGAGCGUGCUUUGCUGUUGCACGUGCUGUUAAUGGUGCCAGAUGGGAAGGAUUUCAUCACUGGAGAAUCAGAGAAGCAACCGCCAUGCAAUGUUUAUUUAAAUUGUAAGCUCUUCAGUACAGAGGAAGUCACCAGAUCGCUCAUUGCCUGGGGCACGGCACAGCCGGUCUUUAACUUUUCUCAGGUGAUUCCUAUCUCUCUCUCUCCCAAAUACCUGGAAAGGCUUAAGAACAAUGUGAUGAUAAUUGAAACUUGGAACAAGGUGCGGAGCCCAGGACAGGACAAGCUGCUCGGGCUGGUGAAACUCCCCCUCCAUCAAUUUUACAUGUCAUUCAAAGAUCCCCAAAUUUCUCGCCUGCUCCUUGAAGCUCAGUACCCAGUUGUUGCUGUGGACAACUACAUGCCUGUGAUGGAUGUCUUCUCGGGCCACCAAAACGGGAGUCUUCGAGUCUUUUUAGCUAUGGGCUCUUCAGAUCAGAUAACGGCACUGCAAAGAUUAAAGAAUGAUGAAGGAAUCCUCCCUCCCUUCGGCCCUAGGCCACCUCAUUUCCUGGACCAGCCACCUAUAGCAUCUAAAGCAUCUGUUGCUAUGGUGGAGGGCCAAGGAAGUGGAUUGAUGGAGCACCACUUUGAGUUCCACAUGGAGAAGGUUAAAGGAUUGGCCCCCCUGCAGGCAACAGUCUGGGGAGAAGCAGAUUGUUACAUCCAGUACUACUUUCCAGCGCAGGAUUCGAAACCCAGCGUGCUGGAGGGACCUGAGAUCCUUGAAAACGGAAUCUCUCUGAAGCCCUUCAGAUCUGCAACCACCCUCUGCGUUCCAGAUCCCGUCUUCAAUAGUGAGCACCACCACUCCCUGCUCCUGCCAACCGACGUCCCAGUGCAGCGGCUCCUGCUCAGUGCCUUCUCCGCACGCGGGCUCGUGCCUGGAGGUGGAGUCCAGUUUGAAGUCUGGUGCAGAUAUUAUUAUCCUAAUGUGAGAGACCAGAUGGUCGCUAAAGGAACCUUGCCACUCUCAAGGAUCUGUGCCAUGAUAACCAUGCAGCACCGUGAAGAUGCAGGAAUGCAGACCUUUAAUCUCCCUUUAACCCCCAGGCUUGAGAACAGGGAAGAUGUGAAGAACCAAUCAUCAGGCUUGCUGGAUGUGGGCCUCCGAUACAGGCGUACUCCACGGACAGCAGAGGGAGCUCUUGCUGCCCGAACUGUUUCCAUCUCAGUCCACAUCAUCAGAGCCUGUGGUCUGCAAGCAGCAGCCAAGGCUUUGGCCGAGAAGGAGCCCAGUCUCCAGUUCAGUGCUACAUUUGGAGUCAACACCUUUGUCACCACUCACCUCUCCUUCCUGCCCAAAGGAGAGCAGCGUCAAACCCGCCCUGUGGCCUGUUCCUUCUGCCCUGAAUUCUCCCAUCACAUCGAGUUCUCCUGUAACGUGGUAACUCAGCACUGCAGUGGAGAGGCCUGUUUCCUGGCAGAGCUGUUGGAGUUUGCAGAAAUUACUUUUGCUCUUUAUCAUGAAGAUACCAAGUCAGCCAGUGAUAUAACCAGUCUCCACACAUCCAAAGAGUAUCUGCUUGGAGUAGUGAAGAUUCCAACCAAAGAGCUCCUGGUCAAGAGGUCUGGGAUCUCAGGGUGGUAUCCUGUCAUAUCUCCAGUAGAUGGCAUCCUGCCUCACAACCUGGAGCUUAUGCAGAAGAUGGUGGGUGGCCUGGAGCUUUCCGUUUCCUUCACCCAUCCUGGAGACCGGGAGCGGGUGCUGGAAGCUGCUGAGCUGUUGGGCUGGAACUUUGACAAUAACCUGAAGGAUCUUGUCAAUAUGGACCAAGAGGAGCCAGCCACCGUCACCAUCUCCACUCCCAGGCUCUGGCUGCCCAUGCAUUGUGUGCUGCUUGCCGGCCAGAAGCACCUCCACAGGAGUACUUACUGCUACCUGCGCUACAAGCUGUAUGACCACAAAGGCUUUUGGACUCCUCUCAAGAAGCCUAAGGAAUCUGCAACCAAAGACCAGGUCAUGGUUACUUUCAAAGCAUUCAAAAGAGCGGAGGUCAGCAGGGGCCCGUCCCUGCUUUGGUACUUCAGGGAAGAGAGGUUCGAGAUCCAGGUGUGGCGGGCUUAUGGCAAUGAUAGUGUGGAGCGGCCCCACCAGACUGACACCUGGAUUGGCUCAGCCUACGUGGACCUGACCAGACUCGGGGAGAGGUCAGCGAGAACACUAACUGUCAGUGGUGUAUAUCCUCUGUUUGGACGAAAUGCUGCCAACCUCUCAGGAGCUGCUCUGCGAGUUCAUGUGAUUCUUUCCUCUCUUACUCCACACCCUGAGCCUACUCGGGAGCUGGACUCCAUGGACUGCAGCAGCCACAGUGAGGCUGAGCAGCUCCCCAGAAGGGAUGAGGUCCAGCUCUCUCCCCAACAUGGUGACCAGGAGCCUCCUGCCUGCACCCAGGUCCCCUGCAGCAGCAGCACCGCAGCUGGAGAUGGUUCAGCCCCGGAGCACCCUGCUGAGCGGGACAGAACAUUUGCAGUCAGCAUCCUGGUAGAAAGAGCAAUGCACUUGAGCUUAAAAGGAAUCCCCUUGACGGAACGGAAAGUGUCAGUACCCAGUUGUUGUGUAUCCUUUGCAACAGCCGACGAGCCAUCUCCUAUAUACACCCAAGUGGUUGAAAACACAGAUUCCCCCAUCUGGAAUUUUCAACAGCAGUCACGGUUAUCAAAAGAGCUCCUUCUGGACCCACAACAGACCUUGGUCUUCAAAGUUUGGCAUAAAGGAGAUGAGGAAAGGGUGAUUGGCUUUGCCUCAGUGGACCUCUCCCCACUUCUCUCUGGCUUCCAGUUUGUCUGCGGCUGGUACAACAUCACAGACUUCGGGGGAGACUGCCAGGGGCAGAUAAAAGUUGCCAUCUCCCCUCUGGAGAGUUUGAUGCACUUCAAAGAAGAAAGGCAAGCAAGACGUGGAGUGGAGACCCUCGGAUCACUGAUUCCAAAAUACAGUCCCUUUGCCUUCCCUGCCUCUGAUGUGUAUGCAUUACCCAGCUAUAUUGCACGACCAGCCCCAGAACAACCUACCUACCCCUUUUCCAAGGAACUUGACUUUUCAUCUCCUGGGAGAAAUGGAACCUCGAGAAGCCAGGCCUCACGUCAUGAAGAGCAUGUGCAGAAUAUCCGUCGAUUUCACGAAUCCCUGCACCGGGGGGAUGCAGUCCUGACAAGUGAUGACAGAGUGACCCCGUUGUCCUUGUCCUCCAACACCUCCCUCCUGACUUCUCUCAGGAGGAACCUGAGUGAGCUAGAUCAGAUUCAGCAGUACUUCAGCCAGAAGCUCACCAAACCUUUCCUGCCCCUCAGCCCUCCGACUCAUCCCACCAUCUUGCAGUGCCAGGAGAGCCAUAGGGGCCAUCCUGAACCAGGAGCCAGUAGCCUAGACCCUGAGAGCCAGUGCAUCCUGGAGAAAUCUAAUAACCUGGUGUCGCAAGUCAGCUCCUUAAUCACAGAUCUGCAGACUAUCACCAGGAAUUCUCAAGCAUCUUUGAGUUCUCGCCGAGGCAGAAGUAGCAGCAGAGAGGUCAGCACCCUCCCAGAUGAUCAGGACCCAGAGGCCCCACGAGGACGAAGCAGAACUCCAGAUCACCCACUGGCGAGAGCUGCAGAUGGGGACACGAGUUCCCCGCCUCCCCUCACAGUUGAAGAGAUGUCAAGUGGAAGAGGAAUACUCCCUGAGUCUCAGGGACACACAGCACCUCAAAGUGGUGCCGGGUCACUGGUGUUUACAAGGCUGCAGAGCAGUGAGGAUGCUGAGGCAGGCCUGGCCUGCAGCGAUGAGGAUUAUGAAGAAGACGUCAUUGAGCCCAGGACUCUGAAUGAGAUCACCACCGUAACAGACAAAACUAGCCCUUGGUCCAGCUUUAUGUCCGACACAAGCGAGGUCAUCGGUGUUCAGACUAGGGAGGUGCAGAGAGAAAGCCCUUCUUGCCGGUCAGAGCCUUUCCCCAAGGAGGAGCUCUGUAUCAGAAGUGACUUUCUCUCCAGCCCCGAAAGGGGUGCUAACACCCACCUGUCUAGACAGGGUUCUCCUAGCCAACGGUGUGCUCCUUGUGAGGGUGGCACCUCUGAGGGCAGGGUUCAAGAGCCUGCCUCAGCACACCUCCCGCGCCUCUCCCGCCUGACACUCGCAGCAGCACCAGCAAGCACUGCUUUUGUUGGAUGGAGUUCCUCGAGGCCCGCUGAGGAAAGGGAGAAUGAGGCGGCCUCCAGUGAGCUGAGCGACUCUACUGAUAGCUCCGAGAAGCUCUCUGCACACCUAGCCUCCCACACCAGAAGAGACCGCCUGAACCACCCACUCAGCGAUCACCCUGACGUGAAGCAGAAGCAAGUGACUACGGGGUCAGAGGUUUCCACAAGGCAGAACAUCCUUCUCCCAGAGCCCAUCGUGGUGCCCAACUUCUUUUUGCCUCCCCAGCAGUUGGAGGCCUCCCUGCGGAUGCUCUCGCUCUCUGCAGCUCUGCCCCCACCAGCCACAGCAGAUCAGGACAAAGGGGAGGUCCCCAGGGGAGGAGCCCCACCCCACAGACCCUGUCGCCCCAGACCGACCUCGCUGCCUCCUGAUCUGCCUGAAGAAGAAAGUCGCAGGAUUGCACGGAUAUUCUCUUCCCAGUGCUCCAAGAAAGACUAAUGCAACCAUUUAAGAGACUGAGGAAAGGACCCCCUUGCCGCCCUCCUUCAGCCUGGUCCAGCGUGCGGGAGGCUCCAGGGCUGCCAUCACACCGAAGUCACCACCAGCCUCACCCACAAAGACCCAAUCAACCCAGGCUGAAGGAACGGUGCAACCCAGCCCUGUGCCCACCUACCAGGACUUCAGCACCUUCCUCCCAUGGUGAGGCAAAGGCUAGGCAGCAUAGAUCCGAGCACUCCAGGGCCCCCUCAUCUCUGACCAGGGGCUCAAGCAGGCUUCUUUCUGCUGAGGAACAUCCUCCAGUGUCCUUGUGUGGACCACCCACCUCGGCCUGCGACUUCGGAGCCUUUUUGCCUUUAAAGGAUGGGUGAUGGGCCAAGUAUCCAUAGUGUGCAUCAUACGUAGCUGAGGCCACCUCCACUUCACCGUGUGGGAAUGAGGAUUUUUAUAGAUAGAAAUUAUUUGUAUGCUGUAUUGAAUUAAUCAAUAGGGAGGUUAUAACCUCCAUCAACUUUUUAUCUGAUUGUCUGCAAUUCUAACCAUGCUUUUAACUUAAUUGUUUUUACCCUGCUCUGAGAAGCAUUAUUCCUACCUGUGUUUGAAUAAAAUCAUAUUAGCAUUUGUAUUCUGUGUA